GUUAACGUGGGAACAAUAUAACCAAGAAAGAGAUGGUUCUCUUUUUCCACUUUUGAUUUUUUUCCCCUCUAGCUUCACUACAAGUAAUGGAGAAAUUAACCAGUAUAAGUCUAAAGAGAGAAAUUAACAGAGACAGAGAGAGUGAUGAGUAAUCAGUUAAAGUCUUUGGGUUGGGGGGUUGUUGAUGGGCGAUAUAGGGGGUCUAUGAAUAUGAAUAUGAAUGAUUGAAACUAGGGGAUAGAAGAGAGAGAGAGAGAGACCAACGGUGGAUUCUGUUGCUUUUCGCUAAGCUUUCUCGUCCUGGCCUCGUCUAUACUGUAUUCGGCACUUUGGGGGAGAUAGCAGUUCUGGAGUGCCUUUUUGCAUCGAAACUCUUUUCUUACGUUUGUUUUCUCAAGUCUGGCCGGUAUAUAAUUAUAUACAAAUAAAAAGCAAAUUAAAAUAAGCAAUACAUUAUGCAGAGAUAUUAUUAUGUGGUUGUAUGAAUUUCGUUAUACAGAGUAGGAAGAAAGCAAGAUAUCUUUUGCCGACAGCAACCCAAAUUCCGAUCUUGAUGGAGAGAGAUGAUCGGUGAUCCUAGUUUGUUCUUUGUUCAUACGAGGAAAGGUCGGAGCAGCUUGGAUCUUCCAUAUUCUGGAGACCACCACGACAGACAAACAAGGAGAAGAAGACGACGACGGAGGAGACACCAUGUGGGAUCUCAACGACUCGCCUGAUCAGAGGAAAGAGGAGGAAUCCGAAGGUUGUUCCUCGCAGAAGACGUCGGUCGAUGGAGACGAGGACAAGGGCAAGGGGGUCGGAUCCUUUUCCAAUGAAAAUUCCAGCUCCUCGGCUUUGGUCAUCGAAGAUGGAUCGGAUGAGGAGGAGGAUCGAGGCGCAAGGAGGAAAAGGAGUAGUAAGAUCUUCGGCUUCUCUGUGACCCACGAUGACAACUGCUUUUCCGAGAAUGAACCGGUGGUGACCCGUCAGUUUUUUCCGAUCGAGGACUCGGAAAUGGGGUCGACUCCUGUCGCUACGGCCUCCUUGCCGCGGGCUCACUGGGUUGGUGUCAAAUUCUGUCAGUCGGAGCCUCUUGCUGCUGCCAGACCUAUAGACGUUUCCCAGCCCAUGAAGAAGAGCCGGCGAGGGCCAAGGUCUCGAAGCUCACAGUAUCGUGGCGUUACCUUUUACAGGAGAACCGGACGUUGGGAGUCCCAUAUAUGGGAUUGCGGAAAGCAAGUUUAUUUGGGUGGAUUCGAUACGGCACAUGCAGCUGCUCGUGCAUACGACAGAGCAGCUAUCAAGUUCCGCGGAGUAGAAGCAGAUAUAAAUUUCAGUCUUGAUGAUUAUGAGGAAGAUUUGAAGCAGAUGAGCAAUCUAACCAAGGAGGAGUUCGUUCAUGUACUUCGCCGCCAAAGCACUGGCUUUCCCAGAGGAAGUUCCAAAUUUAGAGGCGUAACCUUGCACAAAUGCGGAAGAUGGGAAGCUCGAAUGGGCCAGUUCUUAGGCAAGAAAUAUGUAUACUUGGGUCUUUUUGACACCGAAAUUGAAGCAGCCAGGGCUUAUGAUAAAGCUGCAAUCAAGUUUAACGGUAAGGAAGCUGUGACUAAUUUUGAUCCGAGUAUAUACGAAGAGGAGCUCAAUGCUACUGGAGAAGAAAAUUGCAAUGGCAACCCUUGUCCAGGUAAAGAUGUGGAUCACAAUCUCGAUUUAAGCCUGGGCAAUUCUGCCCCGAAGCGGGAUGGUCUUGAAUUGGGGAUGGGAGAUCUGCGACACUCGUCAACGCCUAUCGAACCUGAUUGGGGGAUCAGCAAUGGGGGCUGUAGGUCCAAGGAUGAGCUAUGUAGAAGCAAUCACAGACAAGACGAGAGCGAAGAGAACGAAGCUGUGAGGAUGCUCAACCAGACUCACAUUCAAUCCCCGGUGUCGCUGAAGGGCAAUGAAAUGCAAGGACAUUGGCAGUUACGGCGAAGCGGGGAAUCCCCAAAGGUUCACAUCCUGCACCUGCAACAACAAUUCAAUCCUUCGAAUUAUCAAUAUCCAUUCCCGAGUAGCUGCGACGGGGAUGACCGAAUUGGAGUCGUAGGAGGAGGAGGAGUUCUGUCGCUAGCGACGGGCGAUUCCCAACAACGGCAAAUAUCGGGAUGGAACCGAGGCAGUGAUAGUAGUAGCUGGGCUUCUGCUGGUUCUUCACCCCAAGUGUUGGCUGCAGCAUCAUCAGGAUUCCCAUCAUCGCAGAUAAUAAAGUCUCCAAAUUGGCUGCAGAAGAAUGGGUUCCACUUUCUGACGAGACCCACCUGACCUGACCUGACCCUUGUUAGAGUCGAAAGUCUUUCUGCGUCGGCCAUUUCUCUCAAUCUCAUCAAUCGUUUUUUGUGUCGAUCUUAUUUGUUAGUCACUCCAUCCACUUUCCACUUGUAAAGAUGAAAAAAGCUUGAGCGAGGUAACUAACAGGAGCUCCCUCCAAACUCCAAUCUUAUGAGAAACGAUUCUGCCUUUUUCUUGCGUUGUGUAAUUGCUGAUCUGAUUUGAUUUCCUCUUACUGA